AGGCUAGACGUGGACAGUUGUCUGGACUGGACCUCCUUGGACCGUGCCUGGCUGCAAGUCGUCCCGUCCCCUGAGAGAAGGCUUGGCUGGCCUUGCCUAGAGGUCCGUACCAAGCAAGCUAGCUUUCGCGAUAUCGAUCUUGAAAUCCACUCGCAAUCAACAUUGGCACCAGUGUCCAUCGCCAUUGACGACAGGUCCCGAGCUUGCUGCUUUCAGUUUCAGACCUGCGACCACCUGUUCAGAUCUCCUAUGCACCGCAUGAAAUAGGCCUCGGUAGCAGCCUGCUCUUCCUGGCCAGCGCGCCGUUUCCAUUGCUGCAUCUCGUGCCCCUCCCUCUCCCUGCCUUGUCCGACGUCCGUCUCGACGACAAACGCCCCAACACCCUCGACAACACCAACGCCAGCUUCCAUCAUGGCUUCUGCCAUUUUCUUCCUCGACUUGAAGGGCAAGACCCUCCUCGCCCGCAACUACAGAGGAGAUAUCCCCAUGUCCGCCGUGGAGAAGUUCCCUGUCCUGCUCAGCGAAGCCGAAGAGGAGUCAUCAGCAGUACCGCCCUGCUUCUCGCAUGAGGGAAUCAACUACCUCUACAUCCGCCACAACAACCUCUACCUCCUCGCACUGACAAAACGAAACACGAACGCCGCCGAGAUACUCCUAUUCCUUCACAAGCUCGUCGAUGUCUUCACGGAGUACUUCAAGGCCCUGGAGGAGGAGUCGAUCCGCGACAACUUCGUCAUCAUAUACGAGCUCCUCGACGAGAUGAUGGACUUCGGCUAUCCUCAGACGACUGAGUCCAAGAUUCUCCAAGAAUACAUCACCCAAGAAUCCCACAAGCUGGAGAUACAAGCACGACCGCCCAUUGCCGUUACGAACGCCGUGUCAUGGAGAUCCGAAGGAAUCCGGUACCGCAAGAACGAGGUGUUCCUCGACGUCGUCGAGAGCCUCAACCUCCUCGUCUCCGCUAACGGCAACGUGCUGCGCUCCGAGAUUCUUGGCGCCAUCAAGAUGAAGUGUUACCUGUCCGGCAUGCCUGAACUGCGAUUGGGGCUCAACGACAAGGUCAUGUUCGAGACAACAGGUCGGACCACGCGAGGCAAGGCAAUCGAGAUGGAGGACGUCAAAUUCCACCAGUGCGUCCGGCUAUCACGAUUUGAGAACGACCGCACCAUCUCCUUUAUACCACCGGACGGCGAAUUCGAGCUCAUGUCCUACCGCCUCAACACCCAGGUCAAGCCUCUGAUCUGGGUCGAGUGUGUGGUCGAAAGUCACUCGGGAAGCCGUGUAGAAUACAUGGUCAAGACACGAGCACAGUUCAAGCGACGCAGCACAGCAAACAACGUCGAGAUCAUUGUGCCUGUGCCAGAAGAUGCCGACUCGCCGCGGUUCCGAACAAAUAUCGGCAGUGUACACUACGCGCCAGAACAGGCCGCCAUCGUCUGGAAGAUCAAGCAGUUCGGAGGCGCUAAGGAAUUCCUCAUGCGGGCGGAGCUAGGCCUCCCAAGCGUGCGUGGUGAUGACGAGCACGGUGGUGGAAUGACAGGUGGCUUCGGAGGAAGUAUGGGUGGUGUGGGGGGACCAGGCAAGGGUGCGAAGAGGCCGAUCCAGGUCAAGUUUGAGAUACCCUACUUCACGACGAGUGGAAUCCAAGUGCGCUAUCUGAAGAUCACGGAACCAAAGCUUCAAUACCCGUCCUUGCCAUGGGUCAGAUACAUCACACAAUCUGGUGACAUCGCGGUGAGGUUGCCGGAUGUCGUUUAGAGGAUAUUUGAAGUUGUUUCGCAAACCUCUCACACAAACAUUGAGGAGCACUGGGUUGAGGGCUCCAGCUUGUAUUACACAACAAGCAAGCCGGAUCAUCACACUCUGUCCUGGCAGUCGGUAUAGAAUCCCUCCUCAGUUAAUACGGCUGGUCAUGUCCACGUACUCGGUCGGUACCGCCGAAUGUGGAUGGACUUUUCGGGCAGAUAUCCGGACGGGGUAUUCUGCUUGUGGGAAGCAACAUCGUUCAAGCCCAGUCAAGAGGACAGCGUUUUGUUGAGACAUAAAACACUUUAGCAUGGACACAAAUUACGAUGAUGAAUUUGGAGCCACUGUGCGAGACCAUUCAUGAAAAUGCACUUUAGAAAUUUUAAGAACCACGAUUUACUGCUCCGGGGCAGUCAUUUGAUUCAGUCCCUGGCUUCUCCAGGACAAAAGUUCUUUCAAUGGUAAUUUCAGCGGGCCCGAGUCACCAUUGUUCCGUUCAUGCUGAGCCUGUGCCUGCCAAAGGGCCGUCCUGCUGGGGUUCUCUCUUCCGAACUGUCCUUUCAACUCUAUCUUAUGGUUAAUUGCCAAAUCCAGCAAAGAAGCAAUGCGCUGAGGCGGCAGAUAGCAUGCUAGGUUGGGGGUCUCACAGGCCAGCUGGCGCUUGAGAGCCGUUGGUAAAUUUGCAGACUUCUCGUAUUAUCCCACAGCAACCAGUGAUAUUCGCAAGUCCGGUCUGGGAAUUCCCACGCGCAAGGACAUUAUCUGGC